GGGUCCUGCGCUCACUGGGCUCCAAGCUGAAACUUUUCCAGGAGUAUCUGAAAGGCCUGAAUAGAAACAUCGGGGGUCCUGGGACCCAGCCAGGCAGAGAAGAGUCACCCACCAACCCCCUUGCCCUUCCAGGGAUCUGCCUGGCUAGGGGUGUGCUCUGGAGGUAGGAGCGCACCGCGCCGGCUGGGCCAGGACAAGAGUUUGAGGGAGGCCUCUGUGCCCACUGCGAAGACUCUGGGGGAGGCGAGGACCAGGGGAAGGAGGGUAGUCGGCUGGAGGGCCUGAAUGGCAGGAGGAGCUGCGCCAGAGGGCUGGGCGCGCUGCGCUGGUGUGCGCGCAACGCCUGGGGCUGUCUCCACCUCUUCUGGCAAGUUGGACCUAUGAGUGCGCAGCUCGACUUACAACUAUCAACAGCCGGGGCGGGUGAGAGCGUGUGAGCGCCGAGGGGGGCUCAGGACCCUUGCAACUUCUCCGCAGGACCCCAGCUGUAACGCUAGCGUCCGCCGCCGCUGGAGAGCUCCGCACCGGCGCCUCCUCUCCACGCAUAGUGGAGGCGCCCCGGGGGGCCGUCCUGCCAGCCACAACGGGAUGCCCACAGCCAUGCUCCCCUACGCCUGCGUCCUGGUGCUUCUGGGAGUCCGCACCCCAGAGGCGACUGGGACGGCAGGGGUUAGCCGCCUACACUGGGAACCCCGCUGCCAAAAGCCCCUGCCCAACAGAGCACCCAUCACUGCGCUGCUGCCCCCACGCCUCGACGGGCCCUGGGUCUCCACCGGCUGUGAGGUGCGCCCAGGACCCGAGUUCCUCACCCGCUCCUACACCUUCUACCCCAACCGCCUCUUCCGAGCCUACCAGUUCUACUACAGGGACCCCUUCUGCCGGGAGCCUGCCCACUCCCUGCUCAUCAAGGGCAAGGUCCGCCUGCGCCGGGCCUCCUGGGUCACCCGAGGUGCCACCGAGGCCGACUACCACUUGCACAAGGUGGGCAUCGUCUUCCACAGCCGCCACGCCCUGCUCGAUGUCACCAGGAGCCUCAACCAGACCUGGGCGGGCCGGGACUGUGCCCAGCGGCUGCCCCCGGCCCGGGCCUGGCUGCCCGGGGCAUUGUAUGAGCUGCUGAGCACCCGGGCCAAGCGGGACUGCACGGAAGCCCUGGGCUUCACCAUGCAUGAGCUCAGCCUGGUCCGCAUGCAGCGCCGUCUGCAGCUGCAGCCCAGGGCCGGGCCCCGGCUUGUGGAGGAGCUAUACCUGGGGGACAUCCACACUGACCAAGUGGAGAGGCGGCACUACCGGCCCACGGGCUACCAGCCCCCGCUGCAGAGUGCCCUGCACCACGCCCGCCCCUGCCCAGCAUGCGGCCUCAUUGCGCGCUCCGACGAGCACCACCCUCCCGUGCUGCCCCCGCAGGUGGCCCUGCCCCUGCGCCUGGGUGGCCGCUGGGUCAGCCCUGGCUGCGAGGUGCGCCCCGCCGUGCUGUUCCUCACCAGGCUCUUCACCUUCCACGGGCACAACCGCUCCUGGGAAGGGUAUUACCGGCACUUCUCAGACCCCGCCUGCCGCCGGCCCACGUUCACGGUGUACGCAGCCGGCCACUACACCGGGGCCACGCCCUCUAACAAGGUCCUCGGCGGCACCGAACUGGUGUUUCAGGUCACACGGGCCCGAGUGACUCCCAUGGACCAGGUCACCACGGCCAUGCUCAACUUCUCGGAACCGAGCAGCUGCGGGGGCCCAGGGGCCUGGUCCCUGGGGACCGAACGGGAUGUCACAGCCACCAAUGGGUGCCUGCCGCUGGGCAUCAGGCUCCCCCACGUGGAGUACGAGCUUUUCAAAAUGGAGCGAGACCCCCUCGGGCAGAGCCUGCUCUUCAUCGGACAAAGGCCCACAGACGGGUCGAGUCCCGACACCCCGGAGAAGCGUCCCACAUCCUACCAAGCUCCGCUGGUGCUCUGUGACGCAGUGGUCGAGGGAGGCUCCGGGCCCCCGCCACACAGGCCUCUGCGGAAGCCCCUCCGUGGUGGGGGGCCCUGUCCUCCGGUGGCCCCUCUCCCCGCCCUGCCCCUCGCUCUAGGGCUGCCCUUCCUCAAGUGGUUAUGA